AUGGAUAAUUUAUGCAAAUAUGAGAAUAUUUAAGAAUCGAGUGACAGAUGCUUAUAUGUUUAAACUAAUUGCAAUAAUCAAUCCAAAAUAGCUUUCACUCAACUUUUCUAUUGUCAAUUUGAUGAAAACUACAUUCUAGUGUUGAUCUUCAUUGUAAAUCUCUCAAUCAAUAUAUAGCCAUUCUUUUUCUUUGUGAUGUUCAACUUGUUAUCAAAAACAGCCGAAAAUUAUUUGUCUCCUGCUGUUGCCCACAUUGCCAAAUAUUUUAAAUUAUCGCAAACACUCUCAGGAAUUACACUCAUAGCCUUAGCCAAUGGAGCACCAGAUGUAAUAACAGCGAUUAUUGCAACAGGAGAAGAUGACCAAGGUGUUUUGAUUGCAGUUGGUAGCAUUUUUGGUAGUGGGUUGUUCAUGACUACAUUCGUUUUAGGAUCAGUCUUAUAUUAUUCAAAACAUAUAUUAGUGAACAAAGUAUCUUUAACAAGAGAUCUAAUAUUUAAUAUUCUGGGAAUAGGAUCUAUUAUCACGUUUGGCUAUAUUGGAUAUAUCUCCAAUCAAUUUUCAAUUCUUUUUGUUUCAUUAUAUAUAAUGUACAUAUUUGUUGUUAUGUUAAAUGAAAAAUCAGAAAUCAAACAUUGUCAAGAGAAUUUAUAAAUAAUCAAGAAGUAAGAACACCAUGAGGAACAAUAAGGUUUACUCUCAGAAGAAGAGUAUCAAUAGCCAUAAUAAAUUGAUGAGGUUAAACCUUUCAAAUAUUUUGGAAAUGAAUAACAAUCAUUAGAAUUUGAAGAACAGCAAGUCAAUCUAUAUCUAACUGAAAGUUGUGAUGACGAGGAUGAAGAACAAGUUGUCAUUGCCUUUUCCAAACAAUCACCAUUUCAAAAGUUAUAGACUAUUUUAACAAUGGGUUUCGAUUUAAUUAGUAAGUACACAGAAGGUAAGAAAUAAUAAAACAAAAUUAAAACUUCCAUUUAAUUGUUAUUCACUCCAUUAUUAUUGCUACUUGUCUUAGAUAUUUAUGAUUCAUUAUUAUUUGAUCAACCUCUUUGGCUAUAUGUAGUAUGCAUAGCACUCAUUUUGGCAGUAUAUCAUUAUUGUCAUUAAAUACCUUUUAUAGUAUAAUACUCUUUAAUCAAUUAGGCUUUAACCAUUUGGAGUGCCAUUUGUUCUAUUGUGUGGUGUAAAUUAAUAGUGGAAGUCCUUGUUGAUUUCAUUGUGUUAAUCCAAACUCUAACUGGAAUCAGUCCUUCAUAUUUAGGUAUGACCUUCCUUGCUUUUGGGAAUUCUGCUUGUGAUUUCUUAGUAAAUACACAAUUAGCUAAGAUGGGAUUAGGUAUUAUGGCCAUAACAGGUUGUUUCGCAGGAGCAUUCUUCAAUUUAAAUGUGGGGUUCGGGAUUGCCUUGUUGAAAUAAACUUGGAAUGGCACCAAUAUCUAGUUUCCUUUGUUCAUUUCAGAUGAAGCCAAUUCACAUCUAAUUAAUCCAUAGACCACAUUAAUUAUUUAAUUGCUUUUGAUUUUCUCGCUUUUAAAUAUGGCAUCGACUUUGUUAUUGUCUGUAAUAUUAAAAUUCUAGCUGAAGAAGCAAUUGUCUUAUUAUUAUUUCACUUAUUAUUUCAUUGUUUUAACCACUCUAACAAUGAUAACAUUUUUUGUUAAUUGA